CUCUUAUGUUUAAAUAUACUUGAUCUACUCUCAUAUAUCCAAGCAUUCAACUUGAUGUCAUUGAUAUUAUCAUAGAAUGCUAUCCAUUAGAAAAUUAAGUAUUAUAGUGACGCUAGCAUCAUUGGCGGGUUUAAACAUUCAUCCCAUAUUUUUUUUACUAUAUGCAAUUAUUUCGGACGAGAUAGCUAUUCAAGAGAGGGUUCCAAUUAAUGUGGGAGGCAUAGUAAUAGGGUUUGCUUCGCUUCGUACAACUCUUCAAGAAUACAAUGAUAUGAGUAUCUGUGACUGGGUUAAAACGUACCAAUGUGCUACCCUGGUCUUAGCGUUUUUUGUUGCUACAAUACUUGCAGGUCUUAGGUAUCAUUCCACUGGAACAGCUUUUUGAGGUCAUACCAGGACAGCGGUAAUUAAGACGGUAACGGGUAGAGGAUUGGAAGCUUACAAAGCUGAUAAGAGGCAUUUAGCUAACGACAAUAAGAAUUACAAGGUUAUAAUUUAUUAUAUUUCUAUCUAUGACAAAAUAGACAUUCUUAACAUAAAAAUAUUGUAAAUAACUUACUGGUGCC